AUGGAUAUUGCGAGGGCAAUGUCGGCCCGCCGGCUGCUGGGAUGGCAGUCGGCAUUGACACGGCCGAGAAGAAGCUGGGUCUGUCAAUCCUGCCGCAGCCAUAUCGCCCCCGCGCCCCGUCGCUUCUUUUCAGAGCAGCUGCCGACAUCAACGACAUCAACACCAACACCCACGACGUCCACGUCGUCACCAUUGCCGCCACCGCCGGCCGACAAGCCCUACUAUAUCACUACACCCAUCUUCUACGUCAAUGCCGCCCCUCAUAUCGGCCACAUGUACACGAUGCUUCUGGCCGACGUAUUCAAGCGUUGGCAGACACUGCUCGGCAAACGCGCGAUUCUGUGCACUGGCACCGACGAGCACGGCAUGAAGGUGCAACAAGCCGCAGCCUUAGCCGGGACCGAUCCCAAGCAAUUCUGCGACGACAACGCCGGCAAGUUCGCUGAGCUGGCCCAGCUGGCUCGGAUGGACUACGACCGAUUCAUCCGCACCACCGAUGCGGACCAUGUGCAAGCUGUCGAGCACUUUUGGUUCUUGCUGCGCGAGCGGGGGUUCAUCUACGAGAGUAAACAUGAGGGCUGGUAUAGUGUCAGCGACGAGUGUUUCUAUCCGGAGUCGCAGAUCGUUCGAACGCAGGAUCCGCAUACUGGGACUGUGUUUAUGGCAUCGGCGGAGACGGGGAGUAAGGUGGAGUGGGUUGAGGAGAAGAACCUCUGCUUCCGCAUGUCGGCACUCAAGGACAGGCUGCUGGAGUUCUACAAGAACAACCCAGGUUGGAUCGAGCCCGCUUACCGUAUGAAUGAGGUGACGGACUGGGUGAAGAACCACCUCGAGGAUCUGUCCAUCUCCCGGCCCAUCCAGCGGUUGUCAUGGGGGAUUCGGGUCCCUGAUGACCCGGGCCAGACGAUCUACGUCUGGGUAGAUGCCUUGAUCAAUUAUAUCACCGCAGCUGGCUUUCCGAACUGGCCGCCCGGCGAAUCGCACAAGGGUGGGUGGCCGGUGGAUGUGCAAAUCAUCGGCAAGGACAUCCUCCGCUUCCACUGCAUCUACUGGCCGGCUCUGCUUAUAGCCCUGGAUCUUCCGCUCCCACGUAAAUUCCUUGUCCACGCGCACUGGACGUUGAGCAACAGGAAGAUGUCCAAGUCGGUCGGCAACGUGGUCAACCCCUUGUUUGCCAUCAACCGCUGGGGGAUUGACACGAUCCGGUUCUAUCUCCUCUCCGAGGGCGGGAUUGCCGACGACGCGGACUACAACAAUGACGUGAUUGCGACAAAAUACAAGAAGGCUCUCCAAGGGGGGUUCGGGAACUUGGUUGGGCGGCUUGUAAGAAGCAAACUGUGGGACACGCGCGAGCUCGUAGAGGAGGCGUUCACUCCACGUCUUGGUAACUUUAAGCCCGGUGGGGUGUUUGAAGAGUACCCUCUGCCUGCUGACGUGCAGGACGCUCUGACAAAGUUGGAGGCUUCGUUGGCGGACAUGGCGCCCACCACGGCUAGGCUUAUGGAGGCUCAUAACCCGGUCGGGGCCAUCCGCAAAGUUUUGGAAAUCAGCACUUUGUUGAACGAAAUCCUGUCCCGGAUAGAACCCUGGGGCCUAGUCAAAACAGGCAACCCAAUCGACACAUUAACCGCUCACAAGACGCUGUUCCUAGUCGCCGAGGGCUUGCGUAUCGGCGGCAUCCUGCUACAGCCGUUCUUGCCCGACAAAGCCACCGAGCUGCUUGACUUGAUCGGCGUUGCUGCUGAUAAGCGGGGGUUUGCCAACGCCAUGAUGAGGUCUGAUCCAGACUAUGGCAGCCCGAUGCGGGAUCCGGGUAUCGGCGCGGCACAGGCGCUGUUCCCGCCCCUUGUUGAAGAUGUCAAGAUUGAUUAUGGAGGGACGCCGCGGACGAGGGAGAAGCAGAAGAGGAGGGAGAGGUUUCCGGAUUCGGAGUGA